UCGCUAAUUCGGCCACCCCGUACAAAUGGCAGAUCAAGCCCUAGCUCCUUCUCAGUUAAGCUCCUGUUACGAGCUCAAGCUCUUGAUUCUCUGCUUUUGCCUUGCAUUUCUCCUUUCCUCAUCUGCGGCGGAGAUCAUCUUUGAAGAGCGAUUCAACGAUGGUUGGGAGAGCCGCUGGGUGAAAUCGGACUGGAAAAGGAGUGAAGGAAAGGCCGGAUCCUUCAAGCACACUGCGGGAAACUGGGCUGCAGAUCCAGAUGACAAAGGAAUCCAGACAUACCCAGAUGCUAGGCACUUUGUACUAUCUGCAAAAAUUCCCGAGUUCAGUAACAAGGAUAGAACACUUGUGCUACAGUACUCUAUUAAGUUUGAGCAGGAUAUCGAAUGUGGUGGAGGUUACAUCAAACUCCUUUCUGGUUAUGUCAACCAGAAGAAAUUCAGCGGCGAUACACCAUAUAGUUUAAUGUUUGGACCUGAUAUAUGCGGUACCGAUACAAAGAAGCUUCAUCUGAUAUAUUCUUACCAGGGACAGAACUAUCCCGUCAAGAAGGAUCUGCAGUGUGAGACAGAUAAAUUGACUCAUUUCUACACAUUUAUUCUUAGACCUGAUGCCUCUUAUAGCGUCCUGGUCGAUAAUCGAGAAAGAGAAUCUGGAAGCCUUUAUUCUGACUGGGAUAUUCUUCCUCCUCGGAAGAUUAAAGCUGUAAAUGCUAAAAGGCCUGCAGACUGGGAUGACAGGGAAUACAUCGACGAUCCUGAUGAUGUUAAACCUGAGGGAUAUGAUUCUAUUCGAACUGAAAUUCCUGACCCGAAAGCUAAAAAGCCUGAUACAUGGGAUGAAGAUGAAGAUGGAAUAUGGAAGCCGCCAAAGAUCCCAAAUCCAGCAUACAAGGGGCCAUGGAAACCAAAGAAGAUCAAAAACCCAAACUAUAAGGGAAAAUGGAAGACUCCAUGGAUUGACAAUCCAGAAUUUGAAGAUGAUCCUGACCUCUAUGUGCUUAAGCCUGUCAAAUAUGUUGCUUUUGAAGUAUGGCAGGUAAAGGCUGGCUCAGUUUUUGACAAUGUUCUUAUAUGCGAUGACCCAGAAUAUGCAAAGCAAGUUGUAGAAGAGAUUUGGACAAAAAAUAGAGAGGCUGAGAAGGAGGCCUUUGAGGAGGCAGAGAAAAUUAGACGAGCUAAAGAAGAAGUGGAAGCACAGAAGGCAAGGGAAGAAGGCGAGAGACGCCGAAGGGAGAGAGGAUAUGAUCGGCGUUAUCGAGAAAAGGAGAGAUACAGGGAUAGAUACAGAAGGCGUCACCAUGAUUUUGAUGAUUAUCAUGAUGAACUCUGAGAGUGCAUCAAAGCACCGCGCAUAUGGGGGUGGCAAAAGGAAAAUAUGGCUUUCAAGAAAAAUAAAUUAGGAUUAGAAUAUUAUGAAUUAAAUUUGAUCAAAAUGAAUUUUAUAGUCAUUAAAUUUAUUUUGAGAUGAAUUUAAACUGAUUAAUCAUAUAGUACAUUCAUCUUAAAUUAAGUUUAAUAGAGAUAAAAUUCAUCUAAUUAAAUUCAGAUCAUGAUAUGCUAAUCUAAAUUUUCUGGGACUCUCAAUUGUUGUGCUGUGUUAGUACUCUCAGUUUGUGGCAGCAUCAGGGAAAGAUUUGGGGUGGCUUUUGGACCCCUUAGUUUUGAAAUAAAUCCUCUCAAAUGUUACGAAUAACAUCAAAGUUUCGUUAAAUUAUAAGUUUAGGAUAAAAAAUGUCUCUCCCUUAGUUUCUUUAAAAUCAUUUAAAUCCUUAUUUGAA